AUGGCCGGGCGAGCUGAAAGAUCUAAACCAAUGUAUGGGAUUGAGCCCUUUUCUCAGUCAUAUGCAACUCCGAAACAGUCUACAGAUUCAGUAGAUGAUGAGGAGAGUGAUGAUGAAAGCGGAGAUGAAGGAAAUAACACUGGUUUCCUGCAUGAGAAUGACAACGUGCGACAUGCAGUUAUCAAGAAGGCGUGGCACCAUACCUUCAGGGUCGGAGCAGUGAGCAUCUUCUCUUAUUUGGUUCUUCUGGAGGGAUUUUCGACCUCUCUCUCCCGCACCCAAGUCAGAUGCAAAUUUCGAAGCUCUGGCAAGUUUAUCUGGACAAUGUCAACCCCCUUCUUAAAGCCACACAUACACCGACCUUACAAACUCGUAUUAUCGAUGCUGCUAGCGAUAUAA